AUGACGGCGGCCCUCCUCGGCCGCGAGGAGACAGCUCCUCUCUCGUCAGCAGCAGCAACAGUUAUCCCUCAGCAGCACCCUCAAGUUUAUUGCUGCGCUGCUUCCUCCUCCUCUGCAGCACCAGCAGCAGCUGGUGCUGCUGCUGCUGCUGCGCAGCAGCAGCACCAGCAGCACUUCCUUUCCUCCGGCAGCUCAGGCGCAGAUGGGGGCCCCGGGGGCCCCCAUCUGGAGGCCCUCAGGGCCUCUGCAUUUUCUGUCUCCUUGGGGAUCGCCCGAUCCCUUAAAGAGCAAAUGAACCCCACAGAGCAGCAGCAGCUGCUGCAGUCGCCUCUGCUGCAGGGGGGUCCCCCUACGUCUGCUCUCUUUGGAAGCAGCAAAGAGCAGCUGAUUACCCCUUGUGGAUUCAGCAGCAGCAGCAGCAGCAGCAGCAGCACCCACGCUGAUGCUGUUGUGGCUUCAGCGGCCUCAGCAGGUGCAGCAGCAAACAGCUGCAACGCAGGUGUCUCCUCUGGGGGGUGUUUCCAUGAAGGAGAUAUAGAAGCAGCAGCAGCAGCAGGUUGCUGCUGCUGGUGCUGCUGCUCCUUCCCGCGGCUGUCUGUGCCGCAGGUCUCUCAAUCUACAAUUUGUCUCCUCUUUCAGAUGCAGAGACACAACUACCAAGUUGCAGGUAACUGCAGCAGCAGCAGCAGCAGCAGAAGCAGAAGUAGCAGCAAAAGUAGCAGCAGCAGCAGGGGCAGAAGCAGCAGCAACACGAGUAGUAGCAGCCGCAGAAGCUGCAGCAGCAGCAGCAGCAAGAAAGCAACUAAAUGCACAUCAGAGGCCCCUGGGUUUGGGCGUACGUCUCAAGUGUUGAUGGCGUUGUCUCUGGGGUAUCAACUGGGGGCCUUUAAGGCCCCUUCUUUAGUUGUGGUGUCUGGAGGGCCUUGCUGCGACUGCAGCAGCAGCAGCAGCGAGAGCAGCAGCAGCAGCAGCAGCAGCAGGACAGCGGAUUUGCUGCAGAUGCGCAGAUGGGUGCAGCUGGCUAAGGAGUGGGCCCCCAGUUUAAAGGUGAAGCCUCUACUGUCUCCUCAAGACGCUGAAGGGGCCCUUCUGCUGCCGCACAUGCACGGGGAAGCAGCAGCAGCAGCAGCAACAGCAACAACAGCGUCCGGACUGACAGCAGCAGCAGCAGCAGGUCCUAGCUGCUGCUACUUGCACGCAUCUGCAGCGAGUGAGCCCGAGCCAGCUUCAUCUUCAUCAGCAGCAGCAGCAGCAGCAGGAACAGCAGCCGGAGAGCAGCCUGCUGGUAGCGGGUCUCAGGGGCCCCUCUACAUAGCGGCGUUUGCUGCACUGGCAGGGGGCCCCCAGUCUCCUUUGCUGCAGCAGCUGCGGAGACAGCAUUCUUCUCUGUCUCUUCUUAUUGUUGACUCGAGGUGCCGCCGCCAGUGCACUUGGAAGCAGCAGAUGCAGCAGCAGCAGCAGCAGCAACAGCAGCAGCAGCAAGAGCAGCAGCAGCAGCAACAGGAAAGUGCCGCUCGCUGCUGCAGCGCGCUGCACUCAGCAGACUCUGCUUCGUACGCAGCAAUGGCAGCUGUUGAUAGCUGCUGGGCCUCAGAAGCAAAAGGAGACAACUGCUGCAGCAGCCAGUUGAGCGCAGCAGCAAAGCAGACGGUCUCCUCUAAGGAGACUGUCUCCUCAGCCACGGGGUGUAUAAGGAAGCUGAUUCUUACAGACUACCCGGUGUUCAAUCACUACUCCGCGUUGCGGCUGCUGCUGCCGCAGCUGCUGCCGACUGUCUUUCCAAGUGCUGCUGCAGUGGAUUCUCUAGCUGCACCAGCAGCAGCAGCAACAGCAGCAGCAGCAACAGCAGCAGCAGCAGCAGCAGCAGCAGAUGAGGCGCUGUGGUUUGCUCGUCGCUGCGCCUUUCCUCUUAUACUGAGGAGACAGCGUCUCCCUUUGCUGCUGCAGGAGCUGCCACCACCUCAGCGACAGCUGCAUUUGCUGCAGCUGUCUCCUUCUCAGCUGCAGCAGUACUCGCUAAUAGAAGCAAACUGUGCACAGGGCCUUCUUGCUGCUGCAGGAGCUGCUGCUCCCACGCCAGCAGGCGCAGCAACAGCAGCAGCAGCAGCAACAGAUGCAGCAGCAGCAGCAGCAGCAAAGGAUAACGUGGAAGCCAUCACCAGCGCAGCUGUUGAGGCCAUGAGGCUCGCUUGCGUACACCCCGCCUUGGUAGCUCCCGGCAGCAGCAGCAGCAGCAGCAAUAGCAGCAGCAGCAGCAAUAGCAGCAGCAGCAAUAGCAGCAGCAGCAGCAAUAGCAGCAGCAGCAGCAACAGCAGCAGCAACGGAGAUGGGGUUGAAGCGGAAGGGGCUCUCUCUCUCGUGUCUCCUGCUUUGAUGGAGGUGCAGCUGCGGUUGUGGUUUGCUGCUGAUUGA